UUCAUUUUAAUUAUGAAUGAAGUUUGUCCGUCUUUGGUAACAACCUAUGCUUUUAAAAAUGGUAAAGAAUAUAUUGUAAAGAUAAAAGUUUCUUCGUUAAAAGGAUGUCAACGCAAUUUGGAACUUGCUGUUACUGAUAAAUAUACCGCUGAAAAUUGGCAGUCCUCUUAUGAUGCUGCGUAUAUUGAAAACUUAUCACAUAAAACUGGAAAUUACAAGCAUUUUGAUGUGUUUGUGGCUAUGUUACAGUCCGGCUUGUUGAAAACAAGCGAAUCUAUUACUUUGGAUCUUCUUACAUUCGAAGAUUUAGAAUUGCUUCGGGCACGUAGGUUCGAACGUAACUCGUGUUCAAGUUUGGGAAAUGCAUCGAACAAUCGUCGAUAUCUUAUAUUAACGUACACGGUAGAAUUUGAUCGAAUCCAUUACCCAUUACCUUUGGAAUAUUGUGGCUUACCUGAUCCAGUAGUAUUACAAAAUACCAUUAGAAGAUUACAAGCUGAAAUUGAAAGAUUACAGUCUGUAGGAAGUAAUAGAAAUCUACAAAAACGUGUUGAGCAACUUACAAUCACAAAUCAAAGACUUAUUCAAGAAAAUCAGAGGCUUAUGAAUGGAGGGAAGGGACUGAGGCAUUUAUUGGGAUCAAUAAAAUCAUUAGAGAAUAAUAUUGCUAAGGAACGCGCGUCGUUCAGAACACAAAUUCAGAAACUGAAAGCUGAAAAUACAGCUUUAUUAUUAAAAGUACAACAACUCACUGAAUCUGUUGGUAGAAAACCUGGAGAUGGUAGUCCAGCAUUAAAACGUACUUAUUCACCGUCUGUACGUAGACGAAGCAGAAGUCGUUCUUCUUCGAUUUCUAGUCGUAUUAAAAUGUCCAGUUUAUCGUCAGCUAGCUCAUUGGAAUCAAUUAGAACUCGCGGAUCCCCUUGUCGAAAUACGAAAACAUCAUAUACCAAUAAGAAAAAUAAUUCCAAAAUUGAUUUCGAACAUUUGGAAGCAAGAAUUCACACAUUACAGAAAAUGUUAAAAGAUGGAAUAAAUUUGAAUCAAUGAAUAUAUACACUACAAUAAAUUUCUUUUUUAUAAUAAUAAUUAUUAUUGUACGUUUUGUAUAAUAUAAUUAAAAUGAAUUUAAAUAGAUGAUGCAAUUAUUAACAAAACUACGUAUUUAUACAAGUAAAAUAUAUUUUCUUAAAACUG